AUGUCGAAGAAGAUCUUGACCAUUUUUGGAGCCACGGGCAACCAAGGCGGCAGCACACUGUCGGCGGUGCUCAACAACCCAACGCUAGCAGCCAAAUACAAGAUCCGGGCCAUCACACGCGACCCGAGCAAGCCCAGCGCACAGUCACUGGCGUCACGAGGGGCGGAACUGGCGCAAGCGGACCUCAACGACAUCGAGAGCGUCAAGAAAGCGAUUGCCGGGUCGCACGGCGUGUUUGCGGUGACCAACUACUGGGAGACGAUGGACAAGAACGCGGAGCUGCAACAGGGCAAGAACAUCGUGGACGCAUGCAAGUCGGAAGCGGUGAAGCACCUGGUAUGGAGCAGCCUGCCGCACGCGGAGAAGCUCAGCAACGGCGAGCUCAGCAAGAUCGAGCACUUCGACUCCAAGGCUGGGGUGCAGGAGUACGCGGAGCAGGUCAAGGGCGACGACCUGAUCGUCUCGUACUUCAUGCCCGCGUACUUCAUGUCGAACCUGCCGACGCAGAUCAAAGCCAGCGGCGAGGACGGCGUGGCCACGCUCAGCCUCCCCUGGAACGCCGCGUCGACGUGGCUGCCCAUGAUCGACAUCCGCAACGACACGGGCCUGUUCACCGUCGGGCUCUUCGAGGCCGGCGAGCGCGCCAACGGCUUCGCCGUCCAGGGCACCAGCCAGUGGCUCCAUCCGCAGGAGCUCGUCGACACCCUGAGCGCCGUGUCCGGCAAGCCCGUCAAGUUCGUCGAGCAGCCCUUGACCGUCGAGGCCGCCGCCCAGAGCGGCAACAAGAUCGCCGAGGAGCUCGCCCAGAACAUGUUGCUGAUCCGCGACUACAGUUAUUUCGGAAAGGGCGCCGAGAACAAGCAGGAUGAGAGUGACAAGUUCUUGGUCGACGGUGCGAAGAAGAGUUCUUUCAAGCAGUUUGCCGAGAAGACGCAAUGGCAGUUCUAA